GGAAUGGUUGCUUCCCUGCGGGCUCGUCUCUCUUGUUCUCUUGUAAAACGGAAACCCUCCCUCGCUGUUUUCUUCGACCUCGGCGGGAUCUCGGAUCUAUCUGCUUCUAGGCAGUCUUCUUUUGCAACCAUUUAGCAAAAGAAACCCCUCAAAUUUAGGGCUGAAAUCAUUGCAUUCCUUCCUCGUUCAUCGCUCGUUUCCCCAACCCAGUGUCGCCGCCCUCGCUCAUCCUCUCGGGGUCUCCCGUCCGCCCGGUCAUUCCCACCAUCGCCUCCCCGCCGGCGCUUCCAGCCUCUCUUAUGCUCUUCGUUUCCAAGAGCGCCGUGCGCAAAAACCUGAGAUCCUUAUAUUGCGAUUGCCGAACACCCAAAUCCUUGGAGUCUUAGUUUCUGGCAAGUGUAGAGAUCAAGGGGAAGAGGGUGGUGGAGAUGGGGGAGAAGCGAUUGGGGUUGCUGGUGCUGUAUGCAUCACAGACAGGGAAUGCCAUGGAUGCAGGGGAGCGCGUCGGACGAGAGGCAGAGCGCCGUGGUUGUUCCUCUGUGGAGGUCCUUUCUAUGGAUGUGUUUGAUCCGGAUUGCUUGCCUUUGGAGCUCAUUGUGAUCUUUGUCGUGUCAACCACGGGCCAGGGUGAUGUGCCAGAUUCCAUGAAGGUUAACUCACACUUGAAUUGCAUUGAAGUUUGGGAUGUGUAUUGGCAUAGAAAUUAUGACUUGAUUUUAACUUUGCAGGAAUUUUGGAAGUUUCUUCUGCGAAGAAAUCUUCGUCACCAAUGGUUGCAUGGGCUUCACUAUGCAGUGUUUGGACUAGGUGACUCUGGCUACCAGAAAUAUAAUUUUACUGCAAAAAAACUGGACAAAAGGCUUUUGGAUCUUGGGGCAACUCCGAUUAUUGAAAAAGGUUUGGGAGACGACCAACAUCGUUCAGGAUAUGAGGGAGCUUUGGAUCCUUGGUUAUCUUCUUUGUGGAGUGCACUCAAUCAAACUUUUCCAACAAUUAUAUCUAGUGAUUCAGAUAGUGGUCUUUCUCAGAUUGGAACUUUGGAUCAGGUUAAAUUUCAAAUCAUUUACCAUGGUUCUGAUAAUGUGCAACAAUCAUCUUCAAUCAUGAAAGAUUACAAUAAUAAGGAGAAAGUCAUCGAGGAAGCACGGUUAAUGUCUCCUGCAAGAUAUAGUCAUGAUGAUAGCAGGCCUCAUCAUUUCUUGAAAAUGGUUGUGAAUCAACGUCUGACUCAAGUUGAUUAUGAGAGAGAUGUGCGCCAUUUUGAAUUCGAGGCGCAUUCAUCAUCCAUUGAUUAUCAAGUGGGUGAUGUUCUUGAGAUUCUACCAAGUCAAGAUCCUGUUGCUGUUGAUGCAUUUAUACAACGUUGUAACCUGGAUCCUGAGUGUUACAUAACAGUUCAACCGAGAUCUGUUAAUAAACACCUAAAUGAUGUGGUGGGCCCUGUUAAGUUGAGGACCUUUGUGGCAUUGACAAUGGAUAUAGCAUCAGCAUCACCUCGACGGUAUUUCUUUGAGGUCAUGAGCUUUUUCGCAACUGCUGAACAUGAGAAAGAAAGGCUUCAAUAUUUCGCUUCUGCGGAAGGUCGGGAUGACCUUUAUCAGUACAAUCAGAAAGAGCGGAGAACAGUUUUAGAGGUGCUUGAGGAUUUUCCAUCUGUGCAGUUGCCAUUUGAAUGGUUGGUUCAAUUGGUUCCUCCACUUAAAACGAGAGCAUUUUCUAUUUCAUCUUCGCCUCUAGCUCAUCCUAAUCAAGUACAUAUUACUGUGAGCAUAGUAUCAUGGACGACACCCUACAAGAGGAAGAAGUAUGGUCUUUGCUCAACAUGGCUUGCCAGACUUGAUCCUCAUAGCAGUACAGGAGUUCACAUCCCUGCAUGGAUUCGUCGAGGACUACUCCCUCCUCCCCCACCAUCUCUUCCUCUAAUACUUGUCGGACCAGGAACCGGCUGUGCACCAUUUCGUGCAUUUGUGGAAGAACGGGCGGUCCAAAGUUUGAAGUGUCCUGCAGCUCCGGUUCUAUUCUUUUUUGGCUGUCGUAAUGAGGACAAGGAUUUCCUCUACAAAGACUUCUGGUUUUCUCAUGCUCAAGAACACAGUGUCCUCGCCACAAAGCACGGUGGAGGUUUCUUUGUUGUUUUCUCAAGAGACCAGCCUCAUAAGAUUUAUGUGCAACAUAAGAUUAAAGAAGAGAGUGAAAAAGUUUUUCGACUCUUGGGUGAAGGAGCUUCUAUCUAUAUAGCAGGAUCUUCGACGAAAAUGCCAGCAGAUGUGACAUCAGCCAUCGAAGAAAUUAUUUCUAAAGAAGCUGGAAUCACAAAAGAAUCAGCUGUCCUAUGGCUGAGACGUUUGGAGAAGGCUGGAAGGUUUUACAUUGAGGCAUGGUCAUAAAGUUUUCAAAACAAGGAUGCUCGUCUUUCUGGUUGAAAAGGUAUGCAUUUCUCUAAGCAAACCAUGAAGCGUGAAAGCUUAUUAUUGGUGCUUUUAAGAUCUUUUAACCCUAUCAGACUCAGUUUAUUUUAGUUGGAGUAAUGACUUGAGGUGUUGCAUGUACCAAUUGAGUGUACUCAUAAAAUUUCAUGUGUAUACUCUUGAAGAUGAUUUAACGAAAAUCAUCAAUUCAUUUUUUAUAUAAAGCUUUUUAUUUAA